UUCUUCAAUUUUGGAGCCUCGAAUCUUCAUCGUUUUUUUUUUGCUGGGCGGCAUUCAUGAACUAGCCAGCCGUGGUGAAGAUGAUUUCUCCGUGGGACCGGUGGUACUCGACGAGCUGCUGCCUCUGCUGCCAUGUCCGGACGGGCACCAUUAUCCUGGGCAUAUGGUACAUGCUCAUCAACGCAGUGGUCCUACUCAUCUUGCUGUCAGCACUCAAUGACCCAAUUCAGUACCGCUACCACCUUACCAGCUCCGAGCUGGGAACCGACAUCGACGUCAUGGACGAUGCAAAUAUCUGCAUAGCCACUGCAAUCUCCCUCCUCAUGAUUCUUAUAUGUGGCAUGGCAACAUAUGGUGCUUACAAGCAACAUGCUGCUUGGAUCAUUCCAUUCUUCUGCUACCAAAUCUUCGACUUUGCCCUUAACACACUGGUAGCCAUAAGUGUGGUGGUUUACCCCAACACGGUGCAGGACUACCUCCAGCAGCUGCCAGGGACAUUCCCGUACAAAGAGGACAUCAUGUCCACCAACAACAUGUGCCUAGUCUUUGCAGUCCUCCUCUUCAUUGGCUGCAUCCUCUCCUUCAAGGCCUACCUGAUUGGCUGCGUGUGGAACUGCUACAGAUAUGUGAGCGGCAGGGGCACCACGGAGGUCCUGGUCUACGUCACCACCAACGACACAACGGUUCUUCUGCCACCGUAUGAAGAAGCAGUCGCCAUCCCACCGAAAGAGCCCCCUCCCCAGUACAUGGAUGCAUGAAAAACACCCUCUCUGCUGGAUUAUACACCCUGACCCCCCACCCCACCCCGCCCCACCCGACGCCCCCAUCCAUAGGACAGAAUCCGCAACGUUUUGAAGUACAAGACAAAGCAGUGUUGGAGCGGCUGCGUCCGGCUUGGCCCCCUGCCAGCGGUAGAUUAGAUUAGGUCGACUCCGAGCCAGUGUUGCCAUUAACGCCGCUCCUCCUCCUUCAGCCCCCCCCCAGUUGUUGUGAUGUAUUUUUUCCUCCCUCGUGUCUCCUCUGUCAUCAUCGAAGGACGGCAUCGCAGAAACUUUCCGACCUUUCCCCCUCCACCGCCACCCCUCCUCCCUCCGGGCAGCUGAUGUUCCCAGGAUGCAUCGAAACUUUUGCACGCCCCGACCCGACCCGAUCCGAUCUCAUAUGUUACUUUUGUUUGAGUGACGAGUGCACAGGUUCGGCCACCAACUGUUAAACCCCACCCCACCCCGAUACUGUGAAUUACCCCGGUAGUCUUUGUCGAAAGAGAAAAAAAACUACCGAAACAAAGCGACACACAUGAUCAGUUAUACAAGAGCACUUUUUUUCAGAAAUUGACAAAUUUCCUUCAUUGAAUGUAAUGUUGGGGUAUUUUUGUAUGACUUUUUUGUAUAAACUGAGAGAAAAAAAAAAACAGGAGGCAAACAAUGAAAGGUUGUCCUGUUGUG